GAGCACUUCCGGCCUGGCGGGGAAAUUCAUUCACUGCUGCCCUAGGGGCUGAUGCGAGGUGAGCGCCACUGAUGGGGAGCUGUUAGUGGGCACCCCUGUGGCACGAGUGUCCGGCGAGUGUCUCGGAGGAAUCCAUUUCCCCGACAAGCACGCCGAAGUCCGGCCACGAGCUCUGGGAGCCUUUUUCAGAGGAGCUGCUGUGACGCUGGGUGCUGUUUUCCAGGAUGGACUUCCCCAGCUCCCUCCCCCCCUCAUUGUUUAUGACCGGUCCCCUUGGUUCAAGUGAUGUCCCCGACCUGUCCUUUAUGUGCAGCUGGAGAGACGCCCUGACCCUGCCAGAGUCCCCACCCCAGAACUGCAAGAUUGCAGCUCCGAACUCGGCCACGGCCCUGCUGUGGGAGCCAUCGAUGCCUGGGCCCCUCCCACUGCUGCCUCCCUGUCCCGACCCCUGGGACCCUGGAGUGACCGCGCAGGACCUCCUUUUCCGAGGCGGAUUCCACUACCGGAGGCAGCCCCAGGUUGUGCUGGAUGUCACCGAACAGCUCAGCAGAUUCCUGUGGGAUCACGGGGACAUAGCCUUUGCGCCCCUGGGGAAGAUGAUGCUGGAAAAUUUCAAACUGGAGGGAGGCCGGAACCGCUCCAAGAAGAUGACAGUGGUCAGUGCGAAGAAGCUGCUGCAGGACCUCGGUGGACACCAGCCCUGGGGGUGUCCCUGGGCUUACCUCAGCCACCGCCUGCGGCGCUUCUCGAUCGUCGGGGGCCCUGUGCUAGGCAAGUCAGUGUCCCACCUGCUGGGGAGGCUGCUGCACGAGGAGCUGGCCACACGCUGGGAGCAGCUGCUCCUGGAUGAGGCCUUCACGGGUGGCGCCCUGGCCUGGCUGCCUGGGAGGACUUCACAGGUUGGCCAACUGGUCUACCCGGCUGGUGGCGCCCUGGACAGGCUGUGUUUCCAGGAGGUCAGUCUGCCCUCAGGUGGUGACCCCCAGGUCCUUGGGGAUCCUGGGUGCAUCCAGCUCCAGGGACCUGUGCGACAGGUGGUGACCAGCACUGUCCAAGGAGAAACGCUACUGGCCGUGCGCUCAGACUACCACUGUGCUGUGUGGAAGGUGGGGAAGCAGCGGCGGCCGGCCACUCUGCAGGUGCUGCGGGUCGAGAAGGGGGCCACGGGGAUCAGCCUCAGCCCUCACCUGCCCGGGGAGCUGGCCGUCUGCAGCCGUUCCGGAGCCGUCUGUCUGUGGACCCCCCAGAAUGGACUGCAGCAGGUCUACAAGGACCCUGAGACCCUCGUGUUCCGGGACCCUUCUUCCUGGCGCUGGGCAGACUUCACCGCGCACCCGCGGGUGCUGACAGUGGGUGACCGCACUGGAGUAAAAAUGGUCGACACUCAGGGCCCCCCGGGGUGCGGUCUGCUGCUUUUCCGGGCAGGGGCCGAGGCUUCCUGCCAGAAGGGGGAGCGUGUCCUGCUCACGCAGUACCUGCGGCAGUCUGACCCGGAGUCACUGCCCCCCACUCUGCAUCUUGUCUGUACCCAGUUCUCGCUCUACCUGGUGGAUGAGCGCCUGCCCCUGGUGCCGAUGCUCAAGUGGAACCACGGCCUCCCCUCCCCGGCCCUGCUGGCCCACCUGCUGCCUCCCGCCCACCCUGGCUCCCCACAGCCCCUGUUCCUGGGCGGUCUAGGUGGGCAGGUGCAGCUGCUGCAUAUCACAGGAAAGGAGCCGUCUGCACCCCGACUCGCAGGGCCCCCCCAGUCUCUGCCCUCCUCAGCUGACUCGCUGUCCGCAUUUCCCCUGCUGGAGCCCAAGAGCCAGAAGCAGCUGCAGGAGCGGCUGGAAGCGCCGACCAUAGGUCUGGCCUCUGCCUUCCCUCCCUGUGCUUCCACGCCGGCAGUGUGGCUCUUCCAGCUCUCAGCCGCUGGGGACAUCUUCUACCAGCGCCUCACUCUCCAAGCGGCUUCCAGCUUCCACCGAGAUGAGGAGCCUCCCAGCGACCCCGGGCCCGACUCUCCUGCACCCAGCGUGCCUCCCAUGGACCCAAGGCCCACACCCUCCUGGACCUCGCAGGCCACUGCCUGCUGCAGCCGUUGGCUGGAGGCCCUACUGCAGGUGCCACCUGCAGCCCCCGUGUGGGCCGCACCCACCUUUUCCCACCGCCGCCUGCUGGGCCGCCUGGAACCCCGGGAGGUGGAAGGGAAAGUGCUUCAGGGUCUGCGGGCGGCCAUGGCUGGGGGGCAGCUCCUGCAGCAGAGGGACCUGGGCCUGCUCCCCUCAGCAGAGCCGCCCCCUGCCCCCGAGCCCGGCCCGCAGGAUGAGCUCAGUGAGCGUUUGGAGGAAGCCUGGGCAGGCCAGGGCACUGCUUGGUGUAAGAGACAGCAGGGCAAGAUCUCGAUCUCGGAGCCGGGCAAGCAGGCCAAGCGGCCCAAGCGCCGGAGUCAGUUGUCCAGCACCUUCUCUUCACUCACCAGCUGCUUGGACCUCCCGGAGACCAGCAGCUCCCCUCACAGCCUAGAGCGGACAACCUCAGAGGCCAGGCUCCAGCCCCCUGUGACCCCGUACUCCCAAGAGUCUGCUCGGCAGACCCCCCAGGACAACAUGGUGGAGCUGCCACUGCCAAAGGACACCCCCACCUCCAGACACGUGGCCACGCCCCCCUCCCAGGCCUCCAGUGUCCAAGCCAUGCCCUCCCAGCGGUCCACGCCUGGCUCCUGGCCCCAGCGGAAGAGGCCACGCAUGGGCUUCUGAGGCACUGAGAGCUCUCCACUGAGCCUCUGAUCCCUGCCACAGACCAGCUGUGUCUCGAGUGGGAACAACUGCCUGGUGCAGAGCUUUCUGCAUCCUGAACACCAUCGGAACUAUGGGAGACCCAAAAGCAGGCAGCCAGAGCCAGAGUCAAGUUAAAGGAACAAGACUGAGCAGCGGUCUGUUUUACAUAGCUGCUGCAAACAGGUCCACAAGCCCCGGGGAAAGAGGCUGGCAUGAUGAGUGUCACAGGGUUCUCUCCUAGAGACUGGGUGGCAGGGCUCCGUGUCGCCCAGCAUCUCCUCCACUAACAGGAAACUGGGGCAGUGGCAGCUGCUCCACAUUUGAGCUGUGACACAAGGAUCUGGCAGGACCUUACAGGGCUGGGGCACAGAUGGGGCCGGCAGCUGCUGCCGUGGUCCAGCUUGUGUCACAGGACAGACCCUUGGGCGCCAGGCUCAGGUGGAGUAAACCUGGCUGCUGAACGUGCA